GCCCGGGAAUUCACACAAGGACCCUGGCUGGACACAGCGCUUCGCCCGGGGUGCUGGUGGGCGCUGAUCACCCUCGCCCCACGCCAGGGCGCACGCCGGUGACCCCGCCUCGGACCAUGUCGGUGGCCGACCAGGCCUUCGUUACUUUGGCCACCAGUGACAUCUCCUGCCAGGGUGCAUUGGUUUUGGGACAAUCCCUGCGAAACCACAGGACCACGAGGAAGCUGGUGGUGAUGAUCACGCCGCAGGUAUCUGACCCGCUCAGGCUUGUCCUCUCCCGGGUCUUUGAUGAGGUGAUUGAGGUGAACGUGUUGGAGGGUGAAGACUAUGCUCACCUUGCCUUUCUGAAGAGACCGGAGCUGGGGGUCACUCUCACUAAGCUUCACUGUUGGACGCUCACCCAGUAUAGCAAGUGUGUCUUCCUGGAUGUGGACACUCUGGUUCUGUCCAAUAUUGAUGAGCUGUUCGACAGGGAUGAGUUGUCAGCAGCCCCGGACCCCGGCUGGCCAGACUGCUUCAACAGUGGGGUCUUCGUCUUCCAUCCCUCCCUGGAAACGCACAGCCGCCUUCUGCAGCACGCCACAGAGCACGGCAGCUUCGAUGGGGCCGACCAAGGGUUGCUGAACAGUUUCUUCAGGACCUGGGCCACGGCCGACCUCCACAAGCACUUGCCCUUCGUGUACAACCUGAGCAGCAGCCCCGCGUACACCUACAGCCCCGCCUUCCAACAGUUCGGGUCCAGCGCCAAGGUGGUCCGCUUCUCGGGGUCCAGGAAGCCCUGGAGCUACGCGUACAGCCCGCAGAGCGGCUCCCUGGUGGAGCAGGGCUCGGGCUGUGGCCCGGGCUCAGGCCCGCCUGGCGGGCGGCAGGAGUCCUUCCUCAGCCUCUGGUGGCGCAUCUACCACGACCACGUGCUGCCGCUGUGCGCACAGGGCCGGGCCGCCCCGAGCCCCGAGCCCCCCGGCCCCCACGUUUCUCCUGGAGGCGCUGACGUGUGCUGUGGAAACUCAGUGUCUGGAGCUAAAGAACUAUGUGCAAGUUCAGCUCCCAGCACUGAGGGUCCACCGUGUGCAACUUCAGCCCUGGGGUCUGACGCCAAGGUGGAUGAGAGCCAUCCGUCCUCCGAAGGACGCUGCUCGGAAGAUAUGGUAGCUUGUCCUGAAAUUGAGGCUCCGGCUGGAACUCUGCAUGGUCCACGGUCCCUGUCCUCUGCUGCAUUUGCAGAUUCUUCUGACGCCCAGAGCACCUUGGUGGACGUGGCCCUCGCCUUGUCGGAGAUCCGCAUCGCGGAGAAGGUGAAGGAGCGGAGCCCGGAGGAGGCGCGGAGGAAGUGGGAGGAGGGCCGCAUGGACUACAUGGGCAGGGACGCCUUCGCCCGCAUCCAGGAGAAGCUGGACCGCUUCCUGCAGUGAGCUCCGGGCCGUGGCCGCGUGGAGGGCCGCCGUCCUCGUGCUUCGCCGGGUCCUCUCCUGCUGGUUGGUCCUGAACACGAGAUGUCUUCGAACCCCUUCCAGGAAAACGCUGCUCAGCUCCGUGCCUCUGUGGGCGGCCGAGCAGCGCAAGUGCCUCGUACGUGAGUGAUGGUGAAAGCCAGCCGAAGCCUCCCGCCGCUGCGCGCCCGAGCGCCUCGUCCCUCCCUGGCUGUGCAAAGGGCCUGUUCGUGCUUCGUGUUUGACUCAGGUUUGCCGGACCGAGUCUGAGACGCCGUCUUGCAUUGGUGCUCGCUGAGAUAAACCACCCUUUGCCUUGUCUGCUGAAGCUCAACGGUGACCGUCAGCGCUUGGUUUUGGUGUCUCGGAGCCUCCUGGGGGGCAGGGGCACCUCUUUAGGGCGUCCAAGAUGGUCUGCGUGGCUUCCAGUAGUAAGGCUGCUUCCAAGGGCCGUUGGGACCAACCGGGGUGUCGGGAAGACACGUGCAGCCUGACCGGGCGUGCAGCCCCUGCUGCUCCGAUGUUUUUACCAGGUUGGAAGCUCAAAGGUUUCCUGCAGUGAGUCGGGGCGGCGGCUUGUAGCUACAUCAUUGCUGGAGCAGGAAGUGGGUUUGUAGCCACAGAUUCAGUCCCGCAUUCUACCUCAGUGCUGUGUCUCACGGGAUCUCUCUGAGCUCCAAAGCCAUUUCCAGUUCAGCUCUGCCGGGAGAACUCCCGGCUGUCUCAGCCCGGACACCUUAUCCCAUGAGAGGGCUGGGUGGUCUCUUUAGCCUUGAAGGGUCUGUUCCUCUUGAGUGUGCUAGAGAAAGCAAUAGCUUUGUUAGAGGCAGGGCUGGAGCAGUUCCAGAGCUCUGCUUUGCGCUGUUUUCAUGGCGUGGACCCCUUGGACUUUUCUCUCCCCCGAAGCAGGUGAGCCCUUUGGUGGAGCGGCUGGCGUGACCUUACGACUCCGUGGGUGGCGCUCGGGCGCGCAAGGUGUGUGGGGAGGCGUUGCUCCUCGCCACGGCUGGGUAGCUCACAAGCUGCCCUCUCUGUGGAUGUUACGGGUCCAGCUUUCCAGGACUUCAUUUUUACAAUAGCCAUGUGGAUACUGCCUUCUGUGGGCCAGGUGGGGUGGUCCCCCGCCACAGCUUGAAUAUAUUUUGGGGAGAAAACGUUGGAGCCCUGUGGCUUGGGCUUGGGCUGUGGAAGACAGAAGCCUCUUAAGGAGACAGACCGGGCGCGUCCUGGAAAAUGCAAAUUUGCAUCCUUUGUGAUUCUCUGGAGGGGAGGAUCCAUCUGUGUUUAUAGAGGCCGCAGCUCGCUGGUGUAAGGCUUAGGCUGCACGUGGAAUUCUGCUAUGCAAUCUGCUCUGUAGCAGCGCAGGGGAACGGUGCUCAUGUAUUGGAAUUAAAGUUUUAAAGCAACC